AUGAAACAUGACGAAUUUAAGAUUACCCACUAUGCUGGAGAUGUUACCUACUCUGUAGCCGGAUUUAUGGAUAAGAACAAGGACACGCUGUUCCAGGAUUUAAAGCGUUUGAUGUACAAUAGAAAUGCAACUAUUGUAUUUGCAAAAAGAGCUGAAAGCUUCAUGACCGAUCUUGCAAAUUCCAGUCAGAGCCCAUUGCUACAAGCUAUCUUCCCAGAUGGUGCCAAGAAGGUGACGGAAGUGAAUCGACGACCACCUACAGCUGGUUUCCUAUUCAAGAACUCUAUGUCUGGACUUGUGGCUCAGCUGGCUAGCAAACAACCGUAUUAUAUUCGAUGCAUAAAGCCAAAUGAAGAGAAAAGCAGCAGCAUGUUUGAUUUGGAAAGGGUCGAACAU